GAAAAAAAAAAUCAUCAGAACAACUUUGGAAUCACCGAGGCAGAGAUGUAAAGCCAGCAGAGUGGGACACAAAGAGAAAACAGGCCCACCCCCAUCUCGGGGAGGUUCGGGGAAGAACCCCACCCCUGCCAUCAGGUCACAAUGGCUGGAGCUCUUAAGGGUCCCAGGGGCCCUGAGCCAGGAGGAGUGGAGGAAGUCCCAGGAAAGACGGUGAGUGUGAGGGCUAAGGGGCCACAGCCUCCUUCCUUAUAGCUCCUGGCUGCUCCCUGUUCCCUCCCCUAGCACCUGCCAGCUGUCCUAGAGAAGGAACAAUGACAUUCACCGUGGUGUACCCAGAUGUCCCUGGAACUGUGACAUCACAUAAACACAUAGCGUCAGAGGCCACCUCCUCUUCCUCAUACCAGUGAGCAUUGCUGCCUCUUCCUUUUCUCCUCCCAGGAACAACUUACCCAGAGAAACAGUGCUCCAGGACUGCUCACUCCCUGCUUCCUGCCGUAUUACCACACUGCACUGCCUCAUCCAUCUUGCAGGCCCUUCCUUGCUCCCGAGUUCCUCAGCAAGACAGCCUGCCCCCUACUGUCCACGGGGUCCUAGACCCCAGCCUGACAUUUGCCCUGUCUCAGGUCCCCUGGACUACGGCUGCCCUAAUGCCUGAGCUCUUUUCUCCCUAACAAGCUGGCACUCACCCCUCCUUCAACCUGCCAACUUCACCCAGUCAUCAUGGCUGGCCCUCCACUCCGCCCAGCCUCCCCCCGGCACCUAUACUGCCACCCAUGAGUCUGCUUGUGGCCAGGCUGGGCCCCUUCUCCCCGGCGUCUUACCAGAUUUCCCACUUAUCCUUGCUGGAGCUGCCCAUCUGUUGAUGCCUCUUCUACCUCCCCUUUGCCGGCCCCUGCCUGUACGCCCUCACUCAGGUGAUGCCUGCUGGCAACACUGUCCUGGUCCACAAAAGUUUUUCCAUCAUCUGCUCUGUUCUCCUCGCCCUCUGUCUCGAGAGCCAGGGUCUCACUCACUAGGACUGGUAUGGCCUAGUGGGCAACUCCGUGGGACUCAUCAUCAUUGUGGGACCUGGACUAGGGAUAAUAACCGAGGGGACGAAGGGCCUCUGCAUGGCUCUGAGCUAUGUGCUCGCUUUUCUGGGUGGCCUGGCACUAUCGCUGGGGCUUCCCCUCCUGCCUACCAACAGUGCCUUCCUGUUGGGCUUGAUGGACCCGGUGGGCUGUGUACCAGGCUUUCUCCUUUCCCCUGCUGCCCAUUGAUCCUCUCCUCUGAGCUGGAGCUGUGUGAGGGCAGUGGUGAUCUUUGCUCUGGUCUUGUGUGUGAGCUAUUCGGUUACCAAGGUCCACCCUGCCCUGGUGUGCACUAUCCUGCACUCUGAGGUGGUGGUGGCCCCUGCGAUGCUGCAGUAUUAGGUGCUCUAUGAGACUGUGGCACCCUCUGACAUCAUUGGGGCCGUGGUUGUGCUGGCCAUCACCAAGGCCCAGAACCUCAGCUGUGAGAGGGCAGGGCAGGUGGAGGAGUGAGACUGACUUGAGAGCUGGGGGUGG